AUGUCACUUGAGUUAAGCUCAAAUGAGAGUGAAGACAAUUUUAGGGAUGAAUUAGUGGACAUUUCUGGCCAAGUUUCUAAAAAGCCCAUUAAUAUAGACUCUCGUCAGGUAAGAUUAAUCUUGGAUCACACAGCCUUUGUUAGAGGGAUUGGUAAUAUUAAAAGAUGGUUCAAUGAAGAGUAUAUCAAUUCCAAUACCACCAGAUCUAAUGAAAUUAUUAAUUUGAAUAUUUAUAUUCCAACGUAUACUUUGCAUGAAUUUGAUUUUGUUAAAAAGGGCACAUCUAUAAGUGCCACCAAUGCUCGUGAGGCAAUUAGAUUCAUUGAUAAUUAUUUAGAGAAUGAAGUCGAGAUGAAUUCAGAUAAGAUCCAAUAUAAUCUUAUUUUGGAAUCACCUCAAGACAAUGUCCCAUCUUGGAAUAAGUGUAAUCAUUAUAAAGUGCAUUCUCCAAAGAUCAAAGAAUUCCCCAAUUAUAAAACUAAAUUUGAUUCAUCUUUAAUUGGACAAACCCCCAACGUUAAUGAGGAUUCGGAAUUUAAUGAAAAUUUUGAUAAUGCUUUAACUUUCAAUCAACGCAAUAAAUUGAAUGAUAUACAAUAUGAAAAUUCUGCAUCGUAUCAAAAUGCUAUUGCCAAUUCUGAUAACUUGGCGGAAAUGCCUGUUCGUUUAAGAUAUUUGAUUAGAAGUUGUAUUUAUAAAAGAUUCAUUGAAACAAAGAAACCAAAAAUCAAAAAUGAAAUUGAAGAUUGGAAAUUGGUUACAGAAGACCCCAUCACGAAAAUUUGGGCUAAAUCAUAUGGAAUUGAUUGUCUCAAUGUUAAUGAAGCCGAAUUAUUGAUUUUCCAGAAUUAUGAUGUCAAUCUGUUUAGAUUAUAUAAUCCAUAUGCUAAUGAUGGAGAUGAUUUCGAUCCAAGUACAAACAUUUUGCAAAAUACCAUUGAUACCACUUUGUAUUCAUAUUCAAGCGUUCAAGAUGAGCCAGUAACUUCAAAUUACCGAGGUAAAAACAACCGAGGAAGAAAUAAUAGAGGAAGACGUGGCAAUAAAAGAAGAGAAAGAGAAAGAUGGCCUUUAUCAACUGAUGCUGUUGUUAGUGAGGAAAGAAAUGAAUCUGGAACUGGUUUCAUUAAGAAGGAGAAAUUUGGAGCAAUUAAUUAUGCACCAAGAGGACAAGGGGAAUUAUGGAGACCAGGAUAA